AUGGCCGCUCGAGAGCUCAUAGUCAUUCUCCUCAACCACACGAACGAGGAGCUUUCUCUUGAACCAGGAUCCCCACAUCUCGACCAUGGUGAUUGGAUGACAGACACGCCAGAGUCGGAGCCGCCUGUCGAGAUCAGGGCCGGGGAGAGCGGCAUGUGGCGCUGUAAGUCGCGCCAUGUGGGCGCGGGCACCGUUGGAGCUGUUAGCUACCGCAUCGUUGGGUACGGCGAGAAAGACAAGAUUUCACUGUCUUGGGAUGUCCGAUAUGUAGCUCCAAGCAAGUUUGAGCACCUUGUCGAGUCGGAUGAAUUCACCAUUCGGGUGCUGGGUGGGAGCGGGAAGCAAGCUGUUGCUGUAUUUGUGCUUGCCGUAUGCACCGCUUUCGAGCACCGGGCUGUCCCAAACGCCCCCGAUGGCUACGCCCCAGCCUCGGUGUCUUGCCCAUCCCCGCGACCGACGAUCCGGGCUGCUACCGGCCUUUCGACCAAUGAAACAACAUGGCUCAACCUUCGUGACAACAACACCAUUCCAGCAUUGAAAAGUCUUCUCACCCGCCUCAAUAUCAGCGGUCUAGAUACCAAUGAGUACAUCGACAAUAUCGUCAAGGACAUUGAUGGUGGGAAUAAGAGCGCCGUACUGCCCCGAAUUGGUGUCGCCGUGUCUGGAGGCGGGUACCGGGCUCUGAUGAAUGGCGCAGGAGCAAUUUCAGCGUUUGACAACCGAACAUCCAAUUCGACGGGGAAAGGCCAGUUGGGCGGCUUGCUACAGGCGACGACAUAUCUAAGCGGGCUUUCUGGAGGGAGCUGGCUCGUUGGAAGCCUGUUUGUGCAGAACUUUACCACUGUGGACUCGAUCGUCCUGUCGACGAGCGGAUUUCUGAGCACGCUUUGGCAGUUUGACAAUUCGGUUCUCGAAGGACCGGCGGGUUUGCGUGUUGGACAAUACUACCGCGAGCUGUAUCAGACGGUACAGGAUAAAGCCAAUGCCAGCUUCAACACGACCAUUACCGACUAUUGGGGACGAGCGUUGUCCUACCAACUCGUAAACUCAACAGACGGAGGGCCAGCGUACACGUUCUCAUCCAUUGCCAACGACACCGAGUUCGCGGCUGCCAACUCACCCAUGCCCAUCAUUAUUGCACUCGAGCGAGCCGCAGGCCAGCUUCAAGUGCCCCCCAACGCGACGGUCUUCGAGUUCAACCCCUGGGAAAUGGGAUCCUACGACCCCGAGGCGGCGGCCUUUGCGCCCCUGAAAUACGUCGGGUCAGACUUCAACGGCGGCACCAUCAGCCGGACGGCGAAGUGCCUCGCCGGCGUAGACAACGCGGGCUUCGUCAUGGGCACGUCGUCCUCGCUGUUUAACCAGGCGUUCCUACAGAUUGGCAGAGCGUCCGGCGUCCCAGACGUGCUGGUUCGAGCACUGAACAGGACGCUGGGGAGCAUUGGCGAGGAGAACCGAGACGUUGCGAGCUGGCCGAACCCGUUUUACAAAUUCGACAGCGGCAGCAACAUCAACGCCAACGCCAGCCUCCUCACGCUCGUCGACGGCGGCGAGGCCCUGGAGAACAUCCCGCUGCACCCGCUCACCCUGAAGGCGCGCCAGGUCGAUGUCAUCUUUGCCGUGGACGGCUCCGCCGACACGCAGACGUCGUGGCCAAACGGGACGAGUCUCGUGGCGACGUACAACCGAUCCACGAGCGGCGGGGAGACAAACAACACUGCGUUUCCAGUCGUGCCCGACGUGAACACGUUUGUGAACCUGGGCCUGAACAGCCGCCCUACCUUUUUCGGGUGCGGCAACGCGUCGGCCGGCGCGCUGAUUGUGUACAUUCCCAAUGCGCCGUACACGUUCUACUCGAACGUCUCGACGUUUGACCUGUCGUACAGCGACUCGGACAGGAACCAGAUGAUUGAAAACGGAUACAACGUGGCGACGGCGGGCAACGGCACCGUCGACGCCAACUGGGCAACGUGUGUGGGCUGCGCGGUGCUGGCACGCAGCCUGGAACGCACGGGGACUGCCAUCCCGGCGGCGUGUGCCGAGUGCUACUCGAGGCACUGCUGGAAUGGAACGACCAACUCGACGGCGCCGUCGACGUUUGAGCCGCAGAAGGUCAUCGCGAGCUCUGGCGGGUCGAGGCGGCGGCUGUGGGUGCCGGGCACCGUGGUGCUGUCGUGCGGGCUGGCGGCAGCGCUUGCCAUGUGA